UUUAUUGAACGCUUAAUAUUGUAAUCUAAAAGCAAAGUAAAACAUGAACAUGAGCAGCAUGUGAAUCAGGCGCAACUGUAGCCCGACCAAAGGAAACACAAAGUGGACACGAAAUAUAUUCAAGCGAAACGAUAUAAAAGUAAUUUGGCCGGCAAGAAAGUGGCUCAGUUUUACAUGAGCAGCGACGGGCAGAGGAACGCGUUGCGAGGACGAACUGCAACUGGUGAAGAGAGGACGAAGAAGAAGAAGACGACAGGGAUCCGUCGACAUUGUUGGCGUGACUGCGGCGCAUUAAAUCAACGUGUGAAACACAAACCGGAAGUGCAACGACGACGUCGCCCCCAACACCGCCCCUGACACUAACCCUAACCGUAACCCCAACACUGAGCGCAACUGGUGGUCGCAAUGGUGGAUGUCGGUGUCUAUACCUGGGGCGCCAAUUCUCACGGUCAGCUCGGCCUUGGCUACGAAUCGGAGCUGUGCAUGUCGCCACAGCGCCUCGCCAAGUGCUCCUUUCAACCCCACAACAUACGCUGCAUUCGCGGUGGCGGAGGUCAUGUUCUAAUCCUAGACAAUAAUGGGCGUGUCCAUGCCUGCGGCUGGAACAAUCGCGGCCAACUCGGACUCAAUUCGACGGAGGAGUGCCACAAUGAGUUUAGCAUGGUGCCCACUGAAUAUUUUGAGGAAGUGCCUGUGGAGACCAUCAGCUGUGGCUGGGACAUCUCGGGUGCGAUUACGCUGACGAAACGAGUCUUUGUGUGGGGCUCGAAUGCCUUUCAGCAACUUGGCAUUUGCCAGCGUGGUUUUAUGGCGGUGCGUAGUCCGAUGGCGGUGCGUUUGCCACGCGACGAACCAGCGCAAAGGAUUAGCUUUGGUAUGCGCUUCUGCGCUGUGCUCACCCAGGAUCAGAAGAUCUAUGUUUUUGGGCGAUUGCGUGUCAUGGAUCCCGCACCAAUUGAACUGGACAUUACUGCAACGUCCCUGCAUCGCUGCAACGUGAUGAAGAUCCAGGCGCAUAACCCCAAUGAGCUGAGGAUUGCCUCACUGGUUAGCGGACAGAAUCACAUGCUGCUCAAGUGUAUCAACUUGGAGGCGGGCGGCAGCAGACGCAUAAUAGCCUUGGGCGACAACAAGUUUGGUCAGUCGAAUGCAUUUCAGUUUGAGGCAGAUGUGCGUCAACUUGCUGUCGGCUGGACGCACAAUGCGGUCGUUCUAAAAAACAAUGGCAUUCUGCUCUGGGGUCGCAAUUGUUACGGCCAACUUGGCACUGGUGGCUUCACUGAGCAGCACGCAACGCCCCAGCCACUCCAGCUCGAACUGGAGGAGGGAGAGGCGCCGGCACAUUUACAUAUGGGCGCCGAGCAUGGGCUGCUGCGCACAUCAGCUGGUCAAAUAUAUACCUGGGGCUGGAAUGAACAUGGCAACUGUGGCAAUAACGCAACUGAGAAUUUAUGCCAACCAACGCUGUUGAAGCUACCAGGAUUUGCCAAAUUAGCCGGAACUGGUGCUGGAUUUUGCUAUGCCAUUGUGGAAGCUGUUGAGGAGCAUGUCGAUAAAACAACAAUGCCUUAAAAAAGCAAAAUAUUAUCCACCCCUAGUCACUUUUUCAUGAGUUUGUCGCCUAUCUUUUGUUGUUGUUAUAAUUGUGAAAGAAAAAAAAA